AUGGCGACCCUGUGUCGUGCGCUCGUCUUGGCGUGCGUGUGCGCGCUCUUGGAAGCCAAGUCCGUGCACGAGCAUUUUGAUGUCCAAAUCAAAGUCCAGGUGUUGGACAACAGCGACCUGUCCCCGUUGGCCGACGCCCUGGUGGAGGUCCACGGCAACCGGAGCGUUCUGGCCAGCGCUCGGGCCGGCGCCGACGGCGCGGCGAGGUUGGAUUUCCGCUACCGGGCCGCCACGCGGGUCAUCAUCAGCGCCGCCAAAGACAACUACAUCACCAACUCGCUACCCUGGCACUCGGGUCGCGCGCCCCUGUACGCCUCGGUCAGUCUGUACCUUGUGGUUCAACGACCCGGGACGCUGAUUGUUUAUGAUGACGUCCUUCAGAUUCUGUCCGCUUUGCCAGGCUCUCGCGGGCGCCCCGUGGCGCAACUGGCCCGGAAGUCGCCGCGGACCGACGACGACGGCGCGGCCCUGUCGGCCCGGCUGACGGCCGCCAGGACUCGAGACGAGAUCGGGUGCUUCCCCUAUCUGCUGGGCCGCGACGACAACGGAUCAGGCGCCGACUCGGGCUGGAUCGACUUGACGGCGCUGGCGCUGGUCAGCGUGGAACUGUCGGACAAAGACGGCGUCCUCCUCCCCGUUUGGGACUCGGUCCACAUUUCGGUGCCGUUGCCGUCCGACACUCGCAACCGGGCGGCCACCAGCGUGCCCACCUGGACGUAUCGGCCCGACACGGGACUGUGGGUCCGCAACGGUACGGGCUACAUCCAGAAGGAAGGCUCCCGCUUUGUGUGGAACGCCGUCAUUCCCCAGAUGGGAUACUGGUUGGCCGCCUUCCCCGCCUCCUCGGGCCACGGUCUGAACCACCCGGGCUUGCGGGACAUCACGGCCUACCACACCCUCUUCCUGCUGGCCAUCUUGGGCUCCUUGGCUCUGCUGGUUCUCAUCCUUCUCUGUGUUUUGCUCUACUACUGCAGGCGAAGGUGUUUGAAACCUCGUCGGCAGCCGGGGAAAGCUCCGCCCUCCAACCUGAACGGCGCCAAGCGAGACCAAGGCACGUCCACGUCGCGGCUCAACCUGAUCUGCGGCGGGCGCGCCGAACCGGCGUCGUCCGACGAGAAGUCGGAGCCGUCCCCCUCCGGCGAGGACCCGGGUAAACGCGCGGCGGCUCGCAAGCUGCGGCACUCGGCGGGAAGGAACGCUUCGGGUCGCCAGCGCGGCGAAAGCUUCCCCAUGAAAGCCGCCCGUGCCUCGGACGCCAACAACCUGGACGACCCGCCCCCGCGCGACGACUACGACCGCGGCGCCAACGACAAUAGGGGGUACUCGUCGGACCCGCCGUCCCCGCCGCGCUUCUCCGGCUACGCGCCCGGCCGGGCCGACAAACCGCCGGAAUACUCGGCGGCCGACAGCCUGGCCCGGCCCGCCUCCCUGGACGCCCGACCGGGCCAGAUCAUCUUCUGCAGCUCCAUCGACCAGAUGAAGGAGAACAUGUACCGCAGCAUGGUGCCCACCCUGGUCAUCCCCGCCCACUAUAUGCGCCUGCCCUCCGAGUUCGCCCCCAAGGACGGCGACGAACAGAAGGAAGCCGACAAAGACGGCGCCCAGGCGGGAGGCGCCCAACAGAAGCGAGGUCCGCCGCAGCAGCAGCAGCAGCAGGGCGGCGCCGACUCGGAGGAGCCCGGCUGGGCGUCCGACUCGCCCGGAGGCCCCGUCACCAUCCCGGUGCUCUUCAACGACUCGGCGGUGGCUCAGAUGAACGGAGAACUCCAGGCUCUGACCGAGAAGAAGCUUUUGGAGCUGGGCGUCAAGCAGCACCCCCGAGCGUGGUUCAUCUCCUUGGACGGUCGCGCCAACGCCCACGUGCGCCACUCCUACAUCGACGCCGGCAACGACCUGAGCGGCGGCUCGGCUUGCGGCAGCUCGCCCAGAGACGCCAACCUGGUCCCGCCCCCGGAGGGGUACGGCGCCGGCCGCAAGGGCGAAGAAGAGCGCUGGGAGGCCGCCCGCAAGGGGCGCAGCGCCGUCCCCGGGAAAAGCUACUCCAAGCUGGCCUUCCCUAACCGCGGCGAGCCCGGUGGCGGCGAGGGCCGGCCCGCCUCCCCCGAAGAGAACUCUCUCACGCCGCUCCUGGACGAGGGGCCGGCCGUCCCCGGGAAGGCUUCCCGCCGCCGCUCGGCGACCAGUCCCGAGGACGACAAAGAGGAAAACAAAAAGAGUCCCUGGCAGAAGAUCGAAGACCGGCCGCUCAUGGUUUUCCAUCCCAGGAAGUGA